AAACAUACUUGGCCUCCCCCUUCACCCCUAUCCCUAAGGCUGAUUUACUAAUGAUUGGUACAGAGGAUUCUGACUGAUGGUGGCGGGGGGCUGAGCCCCAGCCAAGCCCCUGGUUUCAGUAAAGCUGGGGAAUGAAAUUGUUAAAUUUUUUGUAGAUACAGGGGCAACUUAUUCUGUGUUAAAUAGCUGUAAAGGACCUAUAAGUAAGACCUAUGUUGGUGGUUGGUGCCCCAGGAAGGGAGGAGGUUAGGCCCUUUCUCCAACCUAUGAUGUGUGAAAUUGGAAGUAAAACAUUGACGCAUGAAUUUUGAUAUAUGCCAGGUUGUCCAUUACCUCUUAUGGGAUGGGAUUUACUAAAUAAAUUGGGAGCACAGGUAACUUUCGGGAGAAAAAAAACCAACAACCAAAAAAACCCCCCAAACCAAAAUGCAAGUGUGUAUUCCUCAGAGUAAUGCCUGGGGAGCGCAAGUUUAUAUGUUAUAGGAAUCAAUGGGAAUCAAGGACAUGAAGAAUGAACAAGUUGAAAUCCCCUCUGAAAUUAUGGAUGCAGUGGUCCCCUUUGUGUGGGCAACAGAGAGGCUCGAAAGAGCUAAAUCAGCUGAACUGGUGAAAGUGGAAUUAAAAGAGGGAACAAAGCUAUUCUGGACCUAAAAGGCCUUUUUCUGUAUUCCUCUGGAAGAACAGAGUCAAAACCUGUUUGCAUUUGAGUGGGAAAGUCCUACAACCGGGAUGCAAGAUGCAGCUAUAUUGGACAGUACUUCCCAAGGAUUUAAGAAUAGCCCCACCAUUUUUGGUAAUGUACUAGUGAAGGAAUUGGAACAAUGGCAAGCUAUCUGCAAUUAAGGACGCCUCUGGGCCUGGAUACUGCAGUUCAUGAAUUUCAGCCAGGAGAUUGGGUUUAUUUAAAAACUUGGAACAACAAACCUCUGAAGGAACAUUCAAAAGGACCCUUUCAAAUUCUCCUAACUACAUAUACUACAGUCAAACUUAACAGAGUGGGACCCUGGAUCCAUUAUCAAGAAGGGACUCCCUCCAGGAUGUCAUUCCCUGUGGAUAUGUUGAAGACCUGCAGUCAUCAGGACUUGGAGAGCUCAGCAGAGGUCUACAUGUCUGGCCUUCGGUAUAAGAAUCCAGACUGUCCUGAAUUCUUGUCUCUGCCAGACCACCGCAAAAUUCCUAUUAGCUUGUCAACUGUGGGCUUCGUUCCUCUUUAUGGUCAAGAGCAGACACACAAAGUUCUUGCUUUGUUUGCACCAGGGGACUCGCUCACAGCUGUAGCCCUGUAUCUUGCUGACCAGUGGUGGUCAAUUGAUGACAUUGUGAGAACAUCUGUCACGGCUAGACAGGGGCUUCAUCAGGUGAAGUCUGUUGGAGAGAGGAUUGUUCUCUAUGUUCUGAAUCGAAUUAUCUAUCGGAAGCAAGAAAUGGAAAGAAAUGAGAUCCCUUUUCUCUGUCAUGGUAGCAAUGACUAUGCUAAGAUCAUGUGGAAAAAAGGAGAGGCUAUUGGGUUCUAUUCUGUUAAACCUACAGGAAGCGUUUGUAACUCUUACCAUGGUCAGAGAUAUCAGCUGCCAGUGCUAGACACAAUGUUUGUAAGAAAGAAACAUCGUGGGAGAGACUCUGGGCUAAUCAUGUUGGAAGACUUUGUGCAUUCCUUUUCUGUGGACUCUCUUGGCCUACGAUACCCGCUGUCAUCCUUCAUGUACACAGCUUGUAAGCAAUAUCUUGAGAAGUACCCUGAGGAUCAUAACCUUUUGUGGGAAGUGGAGGGAGCAGGAUGUUGGUUCCAGAGAACUUCUAUCAUUUCUAAAUGGCAAAAGGAAAAGCUCAAAAUUGCAGCAGCAGAGGCCUCACAGAAAGAAAAUAAGAGUACCCAAGCAGAGGAUCGUUUUCAGCAGUCUGCAGCAGUAUCUGAAGCAAGUGGACAGAAGACCAAGCUAGAAACACAGGUAAGUGCUGACUCUCAAAAAGGUAAAGAAUCAGUGGAUGUCCAUCCAAGCACAUCUGAAGGCCUUAACACAGCUCCUCUUGCCCUUCGAGUACUAAGCAGUCAUCUAAAACGUCCCAAGACAGGAAGACGUAGCUGGGAACCUGAACCUGAAACUUCCCAAGGAGUUGAGGAAAACACUCUUCAUGGGUCAGAAAGCAGGCUGGAACUUCCUGCCCACACACCUGAAAGCUCUGAAGACUUGGAAUUAUCUGAGGAGGACACUGAGGAUGAGGAAGUGACUACUGAAGUUGAGGGCCAGUCUGUAUCAGAAGAGCUACAUGUAUCGCCGCCUGAGAAAACGAGUGAGAAGGAGGAAUCUCCAUCAGAACCUCUUAAUGGUGAGGUUACAGAAGAAACUGGUAAGACCUCACGUAUGGCUGAAGAGGAACCAGCAAAUGAAGUUCCAAGUGGUGAAUCAAAAUUGCAGUCUGAAAGUCAAGGAGAAGAACCCUUAACGCUGUUUGUUCCGUUAAUCCUUGAGUCUCUGGCAAAACCUUCAGAACACACUCUAUCAGAGAAGGUUUUAAAUGCAAAUGAUUCAGAAGUGCUGACUGAAGAAAGUACAUCAGUGGAGGAGGGCACUGAAGAAGAGCAGGAAUCUGAAAAGACCACCACUGAAAAUGCAGCUGCUUCGGUAUCGAAGGACGAGCCCUCUGACAACGGCCUGACCAACUCUAUGGUAACUGAAGCAGCAGAACAAUCUGUUUCUGAAAACGUAUUGCCCAAAACAGCUUCCUCAUUGGAAGGUCAAAAUGAGGAAGCAGGGCACAACUCACAGGAGGCCUCUGUUGCUUUGGGUCAGAGCUCUUUGAUAGUGGUUGAACUUGAGGGUGUUUCUUUUCAGCAGCCUUCUGGACAAGAAGGACAGAAGAACCAGUUGGAAGAGCACUCAGAAGAGUCUGCUGAGCAGAUGGAGCAGUACAUGCAAACAGCAGUGGAACGAGCUGACAGCAGCUCUGAGGAAGCAGAAAUUGAGGUACCCAUUGUAGAUCGGAGAAACUUGCGAAGAAAGGCCAAAGGCUACAAAGGUCCACCCAAGAAAAAAGGAAAGCCAGCUUAAAAAUUAAAUAUUGAUUGUUAAUUCCUCUAUUUAUAAGAAAGUUAUUAUUUUGUAAAACACUAGGGUGUAACUAAACCAUGUGGGACAGGGGACACACGUGUUUAAAAUUCUGGGUUGGAUUUUGUCUUGGGAUUCAUCACCUUUCCUCAAGUCUUCUCAAAUUUUUAACUAGACAUUGAGCUUCAUCAGAGUACAAAAGUAAACAGCCAGUCUCCUCCUUUUAUAAAGGAUACAUGCUGAAUAAAUACAGUUGUGCUAGCAAAGGGAACAGUUUGUAUAUUUGAGGUGGCAGUCAUGGAAUUAAAAUGCAGCGUGAAAUCCUGGCCCUGUCAAUGUCUCUUAAAUUCCCAUAGACUUCCAUGAGGCCAGACAUCAGUCUAGGUUUUUUUUUUUUUUUGAUAACUUUGUGUUCUCUACUCUGGAGAGAAGCUGAAUAAAAAAAUCCUUCCUUGCUUCUUGUUCCCUCCCCAUAGGUUUUUCUCAGAAGAGAUUAAAAGAAUGCAAGACUCUAAUUCUAGGUCUCAAAAUACACAAGAAGGUAUAACUCAUUCGAUUAAAACAAUGUGAGCAGCAUCUGUUUCUCAUGAGAAUAACUUGAAACAGCUGAGUCAGUAGAAACAUGGUCAGUGCAGUACCUGCCAUAGCGCACUCUGAUAAUAAAGUUCUUUAGAUGAAGAUUGAGAAGCCUACACAGUAAACAAUUUGUAGCUUCCAAAGUGAGCAUCUCUGGAAGCAUAAAUUUUUCCAGAGUGCAUGGAGUAUAGAUUCCAGUACAUAUACAUAAUUUGUCACACAUACAGUAGGUUACUCCUUAGUUAGCUAUGUGUUUCUUUCAAUAAAUGAAGCUGCUCUUGGAAUGGGUUAAAAACUCAGGAAUAAGAAAGAACAGUGGUUCUAGGAACAGGAAAUCAUGCCACUAUUUGUCCUGCUAUAUGCCUUUUCUAAGAUGAGUGAACUAGUCUCCCACAAUGUCUCAAAAAUAGAGGUAUCUAGAAAUUGCUGUUCAGGACUUCUGAGUACAAGGUUCACUUGAAUAGUUGCAAUGCUGUCUUAGCUUUUAUCUCUCUAUGAAGCUAAUGUGAGAAUGUGGUUUUGGAUUUUAUGCUUAUACAAUUAACUGUAUUUAUAAGGUAUUUUAACUCUAUAAGUUACAUUCAUACUACUUCAUUCAGCUGAUGAAGUACCAUGUUCCUUUUUAAUCUGUUGAGCAGUUUAUAGAGGAAAAAAAAAAAGGCAGUUUUUAAGAAAAGUGUGUUACAUAAACUUUAGAUUCAGGGUGCAUGGGAUUACUGAGUUAAAUCUGGGUUUCUUGAACUGUUGCACGUAGCUGUAACUUCCUAUCAAUGUACAUUCAUGGGGUUCAUAAGGAGUACCUGUCUGAUAAAUGUUCAAGAUCUUUGAUUGUUUGUAAACAUAUUCAAGUGAACCUUAAGCAUUUCUAAAACUAAUCAAGCAUUUUCUAUAAAGCACAUGAAACAAAACUUCUGUUAUCUUCUGUAUGGCUUUUCUUUUAGUGGUAAGGUUUAUUUUUUUAAAAAAAAGAGUGGCUAGAAAACACAUCUAUUACAUUGCUAAGAAUUUGGGAUUUGUGAGGGCUGGUGGCUUAAAAAAGCAUGGUUGUAUACAGUAUAUUGUGACUCCAUUUUUAGAGCAAGCUUUACUAAAGAUUAGUCUGCUGAAUACUUCAAUUGAUAGAAAUGUAUCCACUUUCAAAAAGUUAAGGAUUCUUUUGCUUAUGAAAAGUGAGUACCAGUUACUUCAAUUACUUCUAGGUGGAUUUUUGAUACAUAUGUUUAUUGCUCAUAUUCCCUGUGAGGUCAGAAAACAGUGUUUGUGAGAAGGUAAUGCCACUCACCUGGCUUUUACUUUUCAUGGCUAAGUUGGAACUGAUUUCGAUUAGUAUCUUUAAGACGUUUGAAUAUCAAAUACAUAAAUAUUACAACAGGAUUAUUAGAUUAGGUCAGUCUUGGUUUCUACUGAGAACAAUCAGAUUUCUGAUCUUAUUUCAGUGAGUCGGUUUUAAAUACUGAACUUAAAUUUGCAUCUUUAAGUAUACUCUUGAGUAGAGACCUCUGUAAAUCUGGGGUACCUGAGAUAGUAGCUGAUGGCCAGACUGUUAACGUACAGAAUGUGAGCCGUUGGGGUGCAAUUAGCAAUUCUGAUAACCAGUACAGUCUUGAAAACUGGACAUUGCUCUAAUUGUGAUUGCAGCAGUACUUUGAACUAAAGGGCGCAGUUUAUUUCUGUAACAACUUCUUUGGCAUCAAUCAUCUUGCAGUAAAUAUGGAAUAGCAAAAUCAAAAUACUGACUUUAAAUAAUAGUUUUCAUUGCUGUAGUGAUUAUCCCAUUGGAACAGUAGUUUUAAUAGUCUAUACCUUCUGUUACAUUAAUGCAAGGGAACAUAUCUGACAACUGUAUUGACUGCAGUGUUUUACCUUAGGAAAAACCAGCAGUUUUUAGUUGGACAAAUUUUUUUUUGGUCUGUUAACUGUCUGUCUUAUUACCAUCAAACUCUUAAAGAAUUUUUAAGAUCUUACUGCACCAGCAACCAAUGAUUAAAACAUCAACUUUAUACAAGUUUGUACCAAAUGCUAUUAAAACAUGCUGUGGAACUACUACAUGUGUGCAGUGGAAGCAAGCAGUAUUAUUUUGAGCUUUAUUUAGUCUAGGAAUAGAGCUUAAAGAACAUUAAUUUGUGACUUCAGCCUUGCACUUCAAUGGUAAAUGGUUUUGUAUUUGAAUCCAACAUUUGUUCAAGUGUCUUUCUUGUACUGCUUAUUAAUUUUUAAGAGGAUUUGCUUUGUUUCUCCCACAUUAUCUUUUGGUCUAUUUUCAUUUCAUGCAGAAUUCUUGUUUGCUGUUCUCAUGUUUCAUAGCCCCUUACAUAAAAAUGUAUACAUGUCUUAUUUCAGAAGUGUCUUUAACUCAUUUGAAAUGUCUAACCUUGGUUUGUUGCUGCUUUUAUAACAUUGCAGUUGUAGAAGUCAGUAACCAAACUGAUCAUUUACAAUGUCAUCAAUGCUACCAAGUUAAACAUAGCAACAAAUAGGCAUAAGUUCAGCUUCUCUGCUUUUAAGUGACCAUUCUAACAUUUUAUUUCCAAUAGCAUACACUUCACAUUUGUGAAAAUAAAUAUAGGUGUUGGAUGUUUUCUAAACUAGUGAUACCCUGUUUAUAAAUCUGAUGAAAGAUGCAUUGCUAUUCUGGAGUACUAUACUUAAGUCUUGUUACAGUGUUAGUUUUUCCUUUUUUUUAGUACUGUCUUGGCUCUUUUGGAAUGUUCUGAAGUAGUAAUUAAACUUAUAUUUUGUGGGGGGUUUUU